AUCAAAAAGAUGAUGCAUCUGAUGCAAAAAAAGUUAUAAUUCAAGUUAAUUCUGAAAUUAUAAUUCAUGAUAAAGCAACAUCAUCUGAUACAAUUGAAAUUUCAAUCAAAAGUGAUGAAAAACUUGAGAUUAAAAGAAAAAUCGCUUGUAAAUAUUUUAAUGAGGGAAAAUAUGUCGAAUCAUUAAAAAUUUAUGAAAAAAUUCUCAUAGCCCAUCAUAGUGAAGAAGAUUUACAAAAUGCUUCAAAUUGGAAUCUUUAUGGAAGAUUCCUUACACCAAAAUGGAAAUUUUUGAGUUGGAUUUCUAAUUCAAAGAAA